AUGAAGGCUGUCCUCUCACUCAUUGUCCUGGCCGCCUCGGCUCUAGGAGCCAAUAUCGGUCGAAACUACAACCAACCUGCAGAUGUGUGGAAGACCAUAACCACAAAGGUCACCAUCACUUACAAUUCGCCUUGCGCUGUGACUUCGACCGUCACGAAGAGCGGCAAAACCUACUACACCACCUACACGACAACCUCGAAAGUCACAAAGGUGGUUCCUACGACCAUCAUCCAAACCGUGGUCAAGCCUCCGGUAACCAAGUCGACCAGUACUGUUGUCUACAAGACGAUCACGGAGCUUGUCCCCUGCACCACGACCAAGGUCGUUGGUGGCUCGACGGUCGAGGUUAUCUGGACAUCCACGUCCACUAUCGUUACCAGGGUCAAGGAGUUGCAGACUGUCUUCACCACGCGGGUCUCGACCGAGUACGAGACUACCGAUGUGUUCGAGACUGUUACUUGUCCCGAAGUUGUUGUCACCACUGUUGUGGCUGGCGAGACGACCACUAUGACCAAGACCAAGUCGAUCACCAUUACAACCAGCACAGUCCGCACCGUAACGGCCGUUGUUCCGGUCACUGUGACCCGCCAGGUCGACUAUGUGAUCCCCGUAACGGCGGAAAGCCAGCUCACAUUGACAGACUAUUCGACCGUCGUCGUUUCGCAGGCCAACACUAUUUAUAAGCCAACGACGCUGCCGCCCGUCACAGUGGUCGUCCCGACUACGGCCACAACGCAAGGGCAAACAGUCGUCAUUGAGAGUGUGAAGAUGAGCUCUGCGGUCGUGUUCUUUGCGGGCCUGCUCGGUGCCAUUGCUCUCUUUUAA